UUAUGUUUUUUAACUAAAUAUAUUUCUAAAAAAUUUAUCAAAAAGUUCCAAAUUUUCAAAAUUGAAUUCUGAAUCGAAAAGACGCUUCUGAAUCGAUAAUAAAAGAAAACCGAACUAACUUAUAUAAAACUGUUAUGUCGAACUUCCAUUCCAUUGUUGUUUAUUUUAUGAAUUACACAAAGGAAUUACACACAGCUAAUGACGUUUCAAGUAAUUAUACCAUUCUGCCCGUUAUCGAGUAAAUACUAAAAAGAAAUAAUAUCCUCUGUAACACACAAUUUAUCCACUAAUAAAAUUGUAGUUAUUUAAUCAUUAAAAAAAGAUUCAUUCGAGAGAGAUGUGCCUCAAGGAUUUCUGAUGUGGUUGGUUCUCUUCAGUAAAAUGUUUGGUCGGCUUAUGUAAAAUGCAAUGCUUUUGUUUUUCUUACGUAAAAUUUUCUUGAAAAUAAUAUAAGUUUGACAUAGCAGUUUUUUAAAUAAGACAUUAUUUAUUAUAAAAUUUAUUUUAUUAUAUGUCAUUAUUUUGUUUCAUAAACUAACGACAUCGUUUAGAAACAAAAAAAUUGUAACAUCGAAUUCAGUGAAUAUCGAAUAUUUUGACGAAACAUCGAUAUUUCUAAAAUAUCGAUUAACACUGCCCAUCACUACUUAGGGAUUUAAUAACCUUUGUUUUUUUUUGUUUUGUGGAAUGUUUGUUAUUGAUAAAUAAUUGCAUAAUUGCAAUAUCUAAUGUCUUUGUUUGAAAACAAACAAUGGGCUUGUGAUAUGAUAGUAAAUUAAUAAGCAAUUCACAACAUAUAAAAAUUUUUUAAUUGGUACCUACUUAAAAUGAAAUAUCAAUUUAAUAGAGGACAAAAAAAGACUGUUCCAGAAACUCCAACGUUACCAAAUCACCACGAAGAGAACAAUUUAUGGGGACAAACAUAUGCACUGACUGAGAGUGAUAGUAGUCCAGACGAAUGGGGAGGAAAGAAUAGGUGGUGUAAACCUUCCUGUAUUCCAAUAUCAAUAAUAUGUAUUUUAAUCUUCCUUGUAGUAUUAUUACCAUUAUUAGAUCAAGCUGCCGAAAGAGCCUUAUUUGAGUUGAAUUCUUCAAGUGACGUGUGUAAGAAUUGCAAAUUAUCUUUGAUAGAAAGUAUACCUGAUGGUCUUAUUUAUAAUGGUUCGUCUUCAACAACAUAUCCUUCAACAUUUGAUACUUGGAUGGGGCUGAUUGGCUCUGCUCACAGCUCAAUAGAAAUAGCUUCUUUAUAUUGGACUUUAAGACUGUCCGAAGUUUAUCCAGAUCCUUCUUCCAAUAAGGGUGAAAAAGUAUUCCAGGCCCUUUUAAAAGCUGGUUUAGACCGCGGUGUUACAAUAAGAAUUGCACAAAAUGCACCUUCACAGCAAUAUCCCAAUGUAGAUACAGAAUUCCUUGUGAAACGCAAGGCCGCAGAAGUAAGAAGUCUCAAUUUUGCCAAAUUAUUAGGCGGUGGAGUAUUGCACACAAAAAUGUGGAUUAUUGAUAGGAAACAUUUGUACAUUGGUAGCGCAAAUAUGGAUUGGAGAUCACUCACUCAAGUUAAAGAAAUGGGUAUAGCUGCAUAUAACUGUAGUUGUUUAGCUGAAGACGCUGCAAAGAUAUUCGAAGUUUAUUGGGCAUUGGGUGAAGAAAACGCCAAAAUUCCGUCAUAUUGGCCCAGUAGCCUUUCUACAAAGAUUAAUAUGAACACGCCUUUACAUUUACUUAAUAAUAAUGAAACAUUUCAGACGUACCUUUCGAGUUCACCGUUGCCUUUCAAUCCAUCCGGCCGAACGAACGAUAUCGACGCUUUAGUGAACGUUGUCCAACACGCCGAAAAGUUCAUUUACAUCGCCGUCAUGGACUAUUUUCCUUUAAUGAUUUACACGCCUAAAGUGGUUUUUUGGCCUGUAAUCGAUGACGCUUUGAAAACUGCCGCAAUAGAUCAUAAAGUCAAAGUUAGACUACUGAUAAGUCAAUGGAAUCAUUCCAGACCUUCGGAGGAUAAUUUUUUAAAGAGUAUCAUCAGUAUUGAUAAGUCGUAUCCGGGAGUUUCAGUGGAAGUGCGACGUUUCAUUGUGCCAGCCAAUGAAGAGCAGCGGAAGAUACCUUUCGCCCGAGUAAACCACAACAAAUAUAUGGUUACGGACAAUACAGCAUACAUUGGAACAUCUAAUUGGUCAGGUGACUACUUUACCGACACUGCCGGAGUGUCAUUCGUUUUGCACGAUCCGGUUUUUGACAGGAACGCAAGCCAUACUACUAUCAGAAGCGAGUUACAAAUGGUGUUCGAAAGAGACUGGAAUUCACAAUACGCGCAUCCUAUGAAAAUGUAAACAAUCAAUUUUUUUUAGUUUAAUUCCUAGAUCAUAUAUGCCUUUGUGGAUCAAAUUGAAACUCUCUAAGUUUGUUGGCAACAUAAUAAUAAUAAACUUAUCGUUUUUUUACGGUGUUCAGUACAAAAAUAGUAAUUAUAUUAUAUAAACCCAACCAAUCUCAUAAUCGUGUUUCUGCGGUCGAAAUACACUACCCCUACAAUAUUUGCAUUUAUUUAAGACUCACCCUGUAUAUUAUAAACUUUAUACCCUGCUGGUCAUCCAAUUUAUGAGGUCUGAAUUUUAAUGAGUGUGACAGAGAAUAAUAUAAAUGACCGGUUGACAGACAGAGACAAAAUCAAAAGCGGCAUACAGUGUUGCCGGUUUUUUUACGUUUGUAGGAAAAUGUGUGUAGAAAAAUAUAAGCUACUAGCG